AUGAUACUGACAUGUAUCAUCAACUCUGUUAAUCGUUUGUCGCUAUUUCAGGAAACUGAAAGUCAUCUUUUCGAUAUAUUUGAUAUUCCUUAUUAUAAAAUACUCGAGAGAUAUUUGCAACUUUUGGGACAAGACCCACGUCAAAAGAAGAAGUUCAGAAAUACUAUUCUAACUAUAGUCGUGAUUAGUAUUGUGAGCAUUCUUAUUCCAACGACGUUAGAGUUAUUUACAUCAUUAUAUAACAAGGAUAUGGACGCGGUGAUUGAGUGCCUGCCACAUUUUAUUGCAUCAUCGAUCAGUUUCGUUAAGGUGUUGAAUAUGCAUUUUAAUAGAGAAAAUUUUCUCAAAUUGUUUCAACGUGUGGCGAAAGAUUGGCAACAACUGAAAUUAAACAAUGAGUUAGAUAUUCUGGACGAAACCGUUAUGAACGGCAACAAAAUAGCGCAAUUGUACAAAAAGAAGUACAUAUUUGAUUGUAUCCAUGUAUACUUUUCAGACAUCAUAGUGUCCUUCACGGCAUUAUUUUUAAUGGUACCGCUAAUUUCCCCAAUUCUGGACAUCGUUCAUCCCCUAAAUCAAACUCGACCACGGCAACAGUUACUUCGGGUUAACUACAUAUUUUUUAACGACGAUGAUUAUUUUUUUUACGUAUAUUUACAAUUAUUUUGGGGUGCAAUUAUUGUUGUGUUCACUGUAAUCGGUGCAGAUUGGUUAUACAUGUUAAUAAUUCAUCACAACAGUGGACUGUUUGCGGUGUGUGGACACCAAGUUCAGAAAGUAACAAUGAAUCCGAGUUACUUUACUGGGGAAAAUAUUUCGCAGAAUUAUACAUAUGAAACGUUUCGAAAUUGCGUGAUGAUGCACAAUGAAGCUAUACGAUUUUGCAAUAUACUGAACGAGUGCAGUCAGGGCAGUUACUUGAUUCAAGUUGGACUGAAUAUGUUGGGUAUAAGCGCGACAGCAGUACAAACAGUUGUAAAUUUAGACAGACCUGAAGAAGCAAUGCGAAGUGCUUUAUUUUGCGGAGCUAAUCAAUUUCACUUAUUUCUACUCAGCUUACCUAGCCAGGUGCUUUUAGAUCACUGUUCUGAUUUAGCAAAUAAUAUAUAUAGUUCUACGUGGUACAGAACACCCGUGCAAAUUCAAAAAUUAUUAUAUGUAAUGCAAAUAAGAUGCAAAAAACUCUGCUCAUUAACGGCAGGUGGACUAUACGAAAUGAACGUAGAAAAUUUCGGUAUAACUUUCAAAACAUGCAUGUCCUAUAUCACAAUGUUGAUGUCACUGAAAGAUUGA